CUGCCCCUCUCGCCGAUUUCUGUGGCCGGGCCUCUUAUACCGCCCCCUGCUCGGCUCCUCGUCCAUCCAAACGCCAUCCGCACCCCCCGCCUCCCGUUGCCGAUCACAGUGUCAGCGCCCACGUCACUCUGAAACAUCUCCUCGCCCGUGCUCUCCACUCACUCCACAAUAACUUUGGCAGCGCAGCUCAUCGCCACCGGAGAGGAGGAAAAUUGCCUUCUUCUUUUUUUCUUUCUCCGAAUGCGCCGAUAUAUAUUACUAGCCAACCAAAUCACUCGCUAACCCAACACCACAGCCGCUCUUCUCGGCAGGAGCGGAAGCCGAGGCCCUCCUAUCCCGGGGACUCGCCCCUUCCAUUCCUGCGCCGGCCUCGCCCUUCCGCCGCGCGUUCCCACACCCACCCCAACUAGAUGGAGCGCGCACGCCGCCUCGCCAGCCGCGCGCUGCUGCGCCGCCUGCUCGCGGCGGCCGCAUCCACCACGUCCCCGGCCCCGUCCCGCGGCAUCUCCACCCUGGCGCCCGCGCCGGCGACGGGGAAGCGCCCGCGUGCGAGGGGUGCCCACCAGUACGCGCAGGGGCGGCCAGUGUCGGCAUCGGCGCUGCAGCCGAGCGACACCUUCCCGCGGAGGCACAACUCCGCCACGCCCUCCGAGCAAGUCGCCAUGGCGUCCGCCUGCGGAUUCAACACCGUCGACGCGCUCAUCGACGCCACCGUCCCGGCCGCCAUCCGCGCGCCGUCGAUGCACUUCGCCGGCAAGUUCGACGCCGGGUUCACGGAGUCCCAGAUGAUCGACCACAUGCAGCGCCUCGCGUCGAUGAACAAGGCCUACAAGUCAUUCAUCGGGAUGGGAUACUACAACACCCACAUCCCGGCGGUGAUACUGCGCAAUCUCAUGGAGAACCCCGCGUGGUACACGCAGUACACGCCGUACCAGGCCGAGAUCGCGCAGGGCCGUCUCGAGUCGCUGCUCAACUACCAGACCAUGAUCGCCGACCUCACCGGCCUGCCCAUGUCCAACGCCUCCUUGCUUGACGAGGCAACCGCCGCUGCCGAGGCCAUGGCUAUGUGCAAUGGCAUCCUGAGGGGCAAGAAGAAGACCUUCCUCAUCGCCUCCAACUGCCACCCGCAGACCAUCGACGUCUGCGAGACGCGCGCCGCCGGGUUCGACAUCAAAGUCGUCGUCGCCGACGCUAAGGACUUCGACUACAGCAGCGGCGACGUGUGCGGAGUGCUCGUGCAAUACCCCGGCACGGAGGGUGAGGUGCUCGACUACGCGGAGUUCGUCAAGGACGCCCACGGGCACGGUGUCAAGGUGGUCAUGGCCACCGACCUGCUCGCGCUCACCACGCUGAAGACACCCGGCGAGAUUGGCGCCGACAUCGCCGUGGGCUCCGCGCAACGGUUCGGCGUGCCCAUGGGUUACGGAGGCCCGCACGCCGCGUUCCUCGCCACGUCGCAGGAGUACAAGCGGCUGAUGCCCGGCCGUAUCAUCGGGGUGAGCGUCGAUUCCAGUGGGAAGCCCGCGCUUCGUAUGGCGAUGCAGACCCGGGAGCAGCACAUCCGCAGGGACAAGGCCACCAGCAACAUCUGCACUGCACAGGCCUUGCUCGCCAACAUGGCAGCCAUGUUUGCUGUCUACCAUGGUCCCGAGGGGCUGAAGGCAAUCGCUGACCGUGUUCAUGGCCUAGCGGGUACCUUUGCCCAUGGGCUGAAGAAGCUUGGGACAGUGACAGUCCAGGAGCUGCCGUUCUUCGACACGGUCAAGGUCAAGUGUGCCGAUGCACGCGCAAUUGCUGAGGAGGCUGUCAAAAACGAGAUGAACCUUCGGGUCGUCGAUGCGAACACGAUAACUGCUGCAUUUGAUGAGACUACCACCCUGGAGGAUGUUGACAAGCUGUUCAAGGUGUUCUCUGGUGGCAAGCCAGUGAACUUCACAGCUGAAUCCCUCGCAUCAGAAGUGUCAAGCUCAAUUCCUAGCAGCCUUGUUCGCGAGACCCCCUACCUAACACACCCAAUCUUUAACAUGUACCACACAGAGCACGAGCUUCUCCGCUACCUGCAUAAGUUACAAUCCAAGGAUCUCUCACUGUGCCACAGUAUGAUCCCUCUUGGUUCUUGCACCAUGAAACUGAAUGCUACUGUUGAGAUGAUGCCUGUCACCUAUCCGAACUUUGCAAACAUGCACCCAUUUGCCCCUACUGAACAGGCUGCAGGCUAUCAUGAAAUGUUUGACGACUUGGGCGAUCUGCUGUGCAAGAUCACUGGUUUUGAUUCUUUCUCUUUGCAACCAAAUGCUGGUGCUGCAGGAGAGUAUGCUGGAUUGAUGGUUAUUCGUGCUUACCACCAGUCAAGAGGAGACCACCACCGUGAUGUCUGCAUUAUUCCUGUCUCGGCGCACGGCACCAACCCUGCAAGUGCUGCUAUGUGUGGAAUGAAGAUUGUUGCUGUUGGAACUGAUUCCAAAGGUAACAUUAACAUUGAGGAAUUGAGGAAAGCUGCCGAAGCAAACAAGGACAACUUGGCUGCUCUGAUGGUUACCUAUCCUUCAACUCAUGGAGUCUAUGAAGAAGGCAUUGAUGAGAUAUGCAGGAUCAUUCAUGAGAAUGGUGGGCAGGUCUACAUGGAUGGUGCUAACAUGAAUGCUCAGGUUGGAUUGACAAGCCCUGGUUUUAUUGGAGCAGACGUUUGCCACCUUAACCUUCACAAGACAUUUUGCAUUCCACAUGGUGGAGGUGGUCCUGGCAUGGGUCCUAUUGGUGUUAAGAAGCACUUGGCACCAUUUUUACCAUCUCAUCCAGUGGUUCCCACUGGUGGCUUUCCUCUCCCUGAGAAAACCGACCCUCUUGGUACCAUUGCUGCUGCUCCAUGGGGGUCUGCUUUGAUUCUGCCGAUUUCAUACACAUACAUAGCCAUGAUGGGCUCCCAGGGACUCACAGAUGCUUCAAAGAUUGCAAUCUUGAAUGCAAACUACAUGGCAAAACGUCUAGAGAAGCAUUACCCAGUUCUAUUCCGUGGAGUCAAUGGAACUGUUGCCCAUGAAUUCAUCGUUGAUUUAAGAGGGUUUAAGGCAACUGCUGGUAUUGAGCCAGAGGAUGUCGCAAAGCGCUUGAUGGACUAUGGAUUUCAUGCACCAACCAUGUCAUGGCCUGUUCCAGGCACACUUAUGAUUGAACCCACUGAAAGUGAAAGCAAGGCCGAAUUAGACAGGUUCUGUGAUGCUCUUAUCUCCAUCAGAGAAGAGAUUGCAGAAAUAGAAAAUGGCAAAGCCGAUGUGCUCAACAAUGUCCUGAAGGGCGCUCCUCACCCACCCCAACUCCUGAUGAGCGACACAUGGACCAAACCGUACUCGAGGGAGUACGCUGCGUUCCCUGCAGCAUGGCUCCGGGGAGCCAAGUUCUGGCCAACAACUGGUCGUGUGGACAACGUGUACGGGGAUCGCAACCUCAUCUGCACCCUGCAGCAGGCGUCCCAAGUGGCGGAAGAAGCAGCGGCUGCUACCGCGUAAUCUUGUCACGGUUACGAUUGCAGUGUGUAAAACAGCCUCAAGAAUUUGUAAUGCUUCCUGUAGGAGGGAAGCAUCCUCUCCUUCUCAUCCUUCUGCAAUGUAUAUACUAGCUCGUGACAGCUCCUGAAUCCCCACAGCUGCCACCUUGUAAUUCUGUACUUCAUUGCUUCUCCAUUCCCAUUUAAAAAUUAAAAUUAGCUUUUAUUGACUAGAA